AUGGAUCAGUAUCUAAAAAUACAAGACCAGGUCCAGGAAGAGGUGAGCAGGGAGAUAGGAAGUCGUCAAGUGCAGGUCGAGGACAGGAAGAACCUGCACUUCACCAACGCUGUCAUCCAUGAUACACAGAGACUGGCCAACAUCGCCCCAAUGUCACUUCCUCACAGAACUACCCAAGAUGUCACCUUUCAGGGUUACGUCAUUAAGAAGGGGACCGCAGUAACUCCUCUCUUAACAUCUGUCCUGUAUGAUGAGAGUGAGUGGGAGAGGCCACACAGCUUUUAUCCUGCUCACUUCCUGGACAAAGAGGGGAAGUUUGUGAAGCGAGAAGCCUUCAUGCCUUUUUCUGCAGGUCAUAGAGCUUGUCCUGGAGAGAGUUUGGCCAGGGUGGAGCUCUUCAUCUUCUUCACCACACUCCUGCAGCACUUUCGCUUCACUCCUCCUCCUGGAGUUUCAGAGGAUGAACUGGAUCUGACUCCACAUGUGGGCUUCACCCUCGACCCCUUACCUCACAAAUUGUGUGCUGCUCCUGUACAUGAGGAAGAGGAGGGCUUGAGAAUUUAAAAA